AAACACUUCCCCCAAUUACAACGCUUUAAAAGCUUAUGCUAACGUUAUAGGAAAAUAUGAUUAGUUUUGGUGAAAUAACCAGCUAGUAAGUCUAAUAUCUUUAUUUCCAGAGUUAUUCGUUGGUAUAACAUCAUUUAAUGUGUCAGUUGUUAGUCUAAAUUGAUGAACUUGGUGAACUUGGCGAGUUUAACCAAAUAUGGUUGUUAGCUGAUGCUAGCAUGUUAGCUAGUAAAAUUAGCCUGUUGUUCCUUUCAACUUAAAAGCUGAAAUAUGAUACGAAAACGGCAGAUUUAUGCUUAAACACGCUUAUUUUAUUCGUAACGCGCUGUUUGCUUCGCAUUUAAACUGAUUUUGUCCUUCAAGAUUGCAUAGACGAAAAAUAAGAUCGUUUAUUGCAGGUAGCUGCAUAUUUCUCUUCGAGUGUUUAUUCAGAUAACGUACAGUUAAUUGGCUGUUUAUGCAUUAAUAUCAUUAUUCGAGUAAUUAACUCUCUAUUAUAAUGUUUUCGGUUUUAUUUGGUGUCGUUUUGUGUAUCGAUCGAGAUGUUAUACAGGAAACUCAAAGCCCAGCUAGUUUGUGGAUCUUUAUCACUGAGUGAAUGAAUAAACGUCGUAAAAAAUAAUUUUUCCGCCGCUUGUUCUUAAAUAUUUUGACUGAUUUGUUGUGAAUUAACGUUCUGGUGGUGGAUCAUUGUGCUUUUUUAUUAUUAAGGUUUGUUCUUGGGCUCAAACAGGAAGAGUGUUUGAAACAAAGGAGAACACAAAGCAUAUUCACCCUGACCUAGAUAUAAAGUAGAUAAACAAGGACAUUACCAUCCAUCCACACUCAUUCAUCAUCACAAACCCCUCAUACUGAACACCACACACAGUUUGAGGGCAGCAGCUGUUGUGUUGAGUGUUUUUUUUUGUGCUUUAUAUGUCAGUGUGUGUUUGUUAGCCGUGAUGCUAGUGUUAGCAUGACUCAGUGGAUUUCAUUAUGAGGCCUCAAACGCUGAUAUAGCUCUAUAUAUAACGUUUAAAAGUACACAUACUGUGUGAAUAACACACACACCGUGUUUGCAUUGUAAAGUGCACUAUUAGACUUUGUAUAAACUGUACUUGUCGUUUAAAUGCUUCAUAUCUUGGUGCAUUGAGACACGUGAGCUUUGAGUGAAAGGUUUUCUGCGGUCUUUCUCCAUUUAUGGUGUCUUUUUAGCUUAAUGGUUUGCUUUUGUUCAAAUAUUUGACUUGGUUUAUCUCUCAUGUCUUUGUUUUGCCCUAUAUGCCAUGUAUUUGCUGUCAUCCAGACAGGGAUAAAUGGACCUAGAUGGCCAACACACUUGGGAAUCGGCUGAAAAAACAGCCCUGUUGGGGCUUUGCCAUUUUUGGCUUUAUCAAAAUAUAUAAGGCAAUGCGUAGGGAGGGGGGUGCUUUGCAAACCAGCUCCUAGUAGAGAUGUCGGUGAUGUAAUGGAGGCAGGUCAGGACUAUGGGGGGGUAUUUAUAGUCAGGACACACUGCUGUUCGCAUGGUGGAGGCUGUUCAGGACAACAUGUCACAUUGCACCCUUGUGACGGAUGAAAACUAAUCCAGCCGCCCGUGUGAGCGAGUGCGAAGGGCAGCGGGCUCACACGCACGUGAUGCAGGCCAUGUGGUGGCUUUUCAGGGGAAAACCUCUGAUGCCAAAAGGCGGAGGUGAAAUGCUGCAAUCUUGUUUACUUUGAGACGAGAGGCCCCCUAAACCCCGGGGGCCCACGCCGACAUGUCACUCCUGACGGAUUUCAGGUUCAUUGCUCGAAAGCGUCUGCAGUACAUGUUUCCGCUCCAGGGGCUUGGAUGGGGAUUGUGUUUGCUGCUGUAAUCGGUCUCUGCUUGAACAGAAUGUUCCAGCUGUUCCACGUACAGAUAUAUUUACAUCUCACACUGCUAGUCAGCAUUUACCCAUCAACACAACAUAGUCAUACUUCAUCUGCCUUGUAGGGUGGUCACAAUACCUACAUUUCAGUAGUUGAUGCCAGUGCAAUUGGUACUGACAAUUAUUUUGAUACAGCAGCAAAAAAGUUAAACCCCCAUUAAAAAGUUAACUAUUAAUAUAAGUGGAUAGUUAAGGUGACUGUGAACCAGGGGUGGAUGAUAUGACAUAUUAUUUCACAAUAUGGGUAUUUUUUUAUUAAUAUUAUUUUGUCUUACUUAAUAAGAACAAAUAUAAUAAAUCAAUGAUUUAAAAAAAAAAAAAAAAAAAAAAAAAAUGACAAGCAGCGCUUUAAGUUUUUAAUUUACUGCAAGGUCUGUUUAAACAGUAGCUAGUUGUCAAGCAUAAUUGCCACUGUAUGGGGACUUGUUGCUUUAUCACUGUAACAUGUCAGUAACUUCUGUGCAGCUUAAAACUGCUUAUUUACAUAUUGCACCAUAUAUGAAAUGGCAAAUUAUCUAUUGAUUGAUACUUUUGUCGCCAUGAUGAUAUAUUGUCAGAUCACCCAGCCCUAAACAAUAUCAAGAUUUUAGGUUAUGCCCUAUGGGGGAGUGUCAUGAAUUUUAACUUUGAGUUUUUCAUUGCUUUUAUUUAUUUAUUUUUUAUUUCUUCUUGCUCGAAUGAUGAGGUGUUACGCGAAGUACAGAACCUCUAAAGGGACAUGAAGGAAAAACAUGAGAUGGAGGAAAAAUUAUUUGUCAAUGCUGUUGCAUUCUCUCGCAAAUGUUUCUCGGGGAAACGCAAAACGUUUUGUGGGUGAACGCAAAGUUUCUCAGGGGAAUGAAAACAUUUGCGAGAGAACGCAAAAAAAAUUGACUUUUUUUUUUUUUUUUUCCCUCCCCUUCCAUAUCAUAUUUUUUUUCCACCAUGUGGUGGUGGUCAUCUAUGGCCUCCGUAGCAAAGUAAUCAUAAAGGAAUUUGGAAAGUUCUGUUUAAAAUGGUGCAGUGUGUCUCACAAUGUUUUUGGAAGUUAUGGUGUUGUGGUAUGUCAUCAACUAUCUAAAUAUUAAUGAAUUACAACAGUGGCAUGUAGACUUAAUGUAAUUGCUGUUGUAAACAGUCAGUAAUAAAUAAAGGAACAGAAUCAGUAGAACAAAUAAAAACAAAAAUUGGAAAAGAUGGAGAACUUGGACAAACUUUUUCCUUCAUUUCCUUUCAUUUCACAGCAGUAUUGAGAAAUUCAGAAAAUGUUUACCAAGAAAGUAAAAAAAAAUGGCAAACAAACAACCUAGGACAACGAUUCUUAACCAGAGGCCCUGAUAAGUCUUAAUGACUCGAAUGUAAUUAAAAUACUACUUAAAAACUUAUUAAAAACUCAAAAUAAAGAUUCACAACAAUAAACUAGGGCUGAUUUAUAAAAUGCUUGUACGAUUGGAUUUGAUCCUAGAUACCAUUGAUUUUAUCAUGUCAGUAUUGAGGAACAAAUCAGUAUUUAUAAAGACAGAAAGUGACGUGAAAAUGUUAUGCGUAUGACAAAUGAAGAGCGAGCAUGCAUGUUGGAACUCAUACCUGUAAUUCAGUUAAAUCGUCAUAAUAUGAAAUUGUAAAGAUAAAUAGGCAGUCACAAUAUGCAUUAAUAUAAUUAUAUGUGCAAACGAGCAACGUGUUAACUGAUUUUAAAGUGUCUGUCGUGUCAUAACUGUAGCUGUUUCUUCAAUACAAUAACACAAAAGUGUUGUUUGCAUUUUCGUCAUGAUGCGGUCAGAGCUGGAGUUUGACUACCAACACAUUGAAAAUAUGACUGUAACACUAUUUAAUAUGUAACACACGGCGUGCCACAAUGUGUUAAACACUCGCAACACGGAUCAUAGUUCAUAUCUGGACCAAAGCAAGCAUGUUUCAAGUUUUUAUGGACAUAUAGUGUAGUGCUCUGAACAUGAACCAGCUCUGCCAAUGCGCAUAUUUCAUAGUGUCUUCUUUAAAUGAAAUGCAUAUGUGCAAAUAAGGACACUGAUACAGCAGUACAUCUGAUCAUGAAGCCGAUGACACGAUGAGUAAUUCUGAUACCCACAAGACAAUGAUGUAGACCGAAAAUUCAAAGAAGAAUGGACAAAAAAAGAAUUGCCCACUUUCAGAGAGAGAUGGCCCAGGAGACCAAUCAAAGCCCCGUGCCCAUGCUCUGUGCCACCGGGUGUGGUUUCUAUGGCAACCCUCGGACCAAUGGCAUGUGCUCGGUCUGUUACAAAGAACAUUUAACAAGACAAAACAAUGGGGGCGUCAGUCCUAUUAGCACAAUGGCUUCUAGCAGUGUCACCAGUAGUCCUACCUCUGAAGCCUCAGCCAUCCAGAUCAUUGAAGCUACACUAAACAACUCUUCUGCUGCUAGCGCCGAGUCGCCCAACAGCACCACUGCUGCCCUUCCGGUUACACAACAGAUGACGGAGAUGAGCAUUUCCUGUGAUGACGAGGUGGUCUCGCCAAAAGUGGAAGUUCCUGAACCAGUCGUCACUCAGCCAACAGCGUCCACCGCACCUCCGAGCACAGCUGACGGGGAAGAGGCCAAGACACCCGAAGCCCCCAAACCCAAGAAGAACAGAUGCUUCAUGUGCCGCAAGAAGGUCGGCCUGACAGGGUUCGACUGCCGCUGUGGGAAUCUCUUCUGUGGACUUCAUCGCUACUCGGACAAGCACAACUGCCCCUACGAUUACAAGGCGGAGGCUGCCGCCAAGAUCCGCAAGGAGAACCCCGUCGUGGUCGCCGAUAAGAUUCAGAGAAUAUAAACCUCUCGCCGUCUUCACCUCGAUUUUGCGAGAGAUCAGAUAAAAGGACUCGCACUUUGACCUGUGAUUCUAAAGACUAGUUUUUUUAAUUACAGUAUGGGAAAGAAUCUUGUUUCUAAGCCAAUGCAUGAGUGAUCACUUUGUUUCCAUCUUUCUUUUGCUUUCUGUUGUUGGUAUAUGAGCUUCAAGUUAAAACAAAUGAGGGGAAAAAGAACAAAAAAAAAAAAAAAAAAAGUCUAUAAAAGGUAUGAAGCCAGAGACAUUUGCCUAACAUGUCUGUUUCUGAGUAUCCUGGAAUCUGAUUCUUGUGUUAAAGGCUGACUGUCCGUCGUGAUCGUUAUUAGUUUACUUUGUGAUCGUGUCUCCUGGUUGGUCUCAUGAUGCAGGACUCUCUGAAGACUGUUACGGCUCUGACCCGAGCGCCGUCAGAGCAACAGUGCAUGGCUGGCUCAUGUAGCAAAUGGACGCUCUUCUGUUUCCUCCGGGUCGAACGUUUCACCCUCCCAUUAGAGUCAGCCUUUUCAACAUUUAUCAUCCACUUUUCUGCUUGAGCAUCAGACUACGUCAAUUAUUGAGCUUUUGGAGUGAUGCUGGGGUUUUUUUUUUUUUUUUUUUUUUUCUUUCAUGUUAAAAAGAUUUUUUCGUUUUCAUUGACAGACUUGUGAAAAAAAAAAUAUAUAUAUAAUCCUGUCCGGAUGGUUUAAUGCAGCCAGACCAGAAUACUUCAUGAUCAGUUGAGCAAUUUGCAUCCAUGGUACCACAGUGUCAACUAUGGAUGGGGUUGGACAUGGCAACUAACACACAACUCUAUUGAUUCUCCCACAUGAUCCUUUAAGUCAUUAAGUGAAUUUUUUUUUUUUUUAAUAAUUUUCAUUGAGUUGUAAUGUGACACCAAUUUAUGAACGUGGUUCCUGGGCUUUUUCAGAGAGUUGAAUUUUAAGUGGGUGUUUUGCAUGGUUAGUGAAAUGAGUAUUUUACAUCAUACUAGAAGUCAAUUUCUUUUUUUCCUCUAAUUCACCUUUCUUGUGUGUGUGAUUGAUCUAUUCAGUGGGUAUUGAGUGUUAAAUUCAGGUAAGAAAUUAAUGGUAUUGUUUAGUGUCAUUUAAUCAGCCCUUUGAGUGUGCUUGUGUUGUGAGUAUGCGACUAGUCUACUCCGUGAACGCCAUCUUUUAAUCUGAGGCUCAGUCCGUUUCCUGUUUUUGGGUCUGGCUGCACAGCGCUGUUUUAUUUUAGAGCUUUGUCCGUUUACACAGUAAAACUAACCAUUUGUUCUGAUUUGAUUUUAGUUAUGCAAGUUGUACAAACCAUCUUUAUUUAUUAUAUGUAUUGCGCAUAUAAUCUUGUUAUCCGACAUUACUGCGAAAUUGUAUCAUGUAAAUAAAAUUAUGUACAGAGAUAUCAUUAAAA